AUGAAAAGCAGCGGAAAGAAUAAGAGUGCGACGAAAAGCAGCGCGACCAUCGGAGACUUCUUUCCUUUAAAGAAGAGCACUACUAAGAAUAAAAGAAACAAAGACGAGCAAGAAAGGUCAGGUAAAAAAAAAUUGAAGAAGAACGAAAGCGCGUUGAAAACAUGUCCAAUAUGCACGAAGGAUUUUCACUGGACCUUGAUCGAUGCGCACGCGUCGGAGUGCGUUGGAGGAGGAGAUUUCGAUCUCGACGAGUUUGAUGAUGCUUUUGAGAAGAAGACAAAGAGCAGUUCAUCGAAAGAAGAAGACAAAGAAGAAGAAGAGAAGGAGACGAGUUUUGAGUCGGAAAAGAAGAAGAAGAAGAUGAACGAAAAUGACUGCAAUACUAACGCGUUUACGACGCUCAUACAGAAUCAGCGAUUGUCCGAGUGUAAGAAGUGUUUGGUUCUGAGUUUCGAUGAAGAAGGAAAAUGGAACUUGGCGUUUGAAAAGAGUGUUUUUGUCGACAAAGCUUUAUUCAGCGGCGCAACCGCGCUGAAAGAGAUCGAGCGAGGCGGGAUCAAAUGCAAGACAACUUUGACGGUUUCGAUAAACGGAAAUGAUAAUAAUCGCACUUUUAUCGACGACGAGGAUAAAAACAACACCACCACAACUAUUCGUGCGACGUAUACCAACCAUCGGUUAUCACAAUCCGUGUUGGCGUCGGCUUUGCAAAAAAAUGUGAGAAGAAAACGCGUCGGUCCGACGUAUCGAGUGGCCAAAGCUAUGACGCGGAGGAACGAUACGUUCAUGCAGUGCGUGAGAAGAUUGAUGAUUAUAUCCAUAGAAGAUGGAACUUUACAUCCGGAUUUACCGUUCUUAGCGUGGUUGAUGAUUGCGCUAUCGAAAAACUUUGUCGCUUCGACGAGAAUCAAAGAGGAGGUGUGCCGAAUAGCGAGCGAGCUCGCCGCGCAGGAGUUUCGCGACGAUGGAACAACACUCGUAGAUGAAAAAGAAGUGAAAGAGGUGAAAAAUGACGACUCGGACGACGAUGUCGACGUUUUACCGUCCCUUUCCUCCAUCCAAGAAAAGUUUGGCUCGAACAGCGAAGAAACGCUUUUGAUUGCGUCCUUGAUCGUACGCGCGCAGUUUGGCGGCAUGGAAGGCGACGUGAAAAUGCUCAAGAACUUUAUUCGCGUUUGGGUGCGAAGAUUCGAAUCUAUAGAUUCGUUACUUUGGAUGGAUAAAAUUAAAAGCAACAGUCCGCGAUUAGAUUCGACGCUUCUCAAAGAGAUGUCUGCGCAUCCGUUUGUGAAAUUUGACAUCCCGUUGGAAGCGAUUGACUUUCACGUUUCGGAUAUCAUCGAACACUGCGUCUCCGAUAUCUCAAGCGAGGAGUUUCAAAACAUACGGAAAGCGGUAAUAAAUGCGUCGUUCAAAAAUGAAGAAGGUGCCAUUGAUUUAUUCAGAGCUCGAGAGCUCGCUCAAAGCGCGAUGUGGUAUUGCUCGUCCGGCGUGAACGAGAAGGCGUUGUGGCACCCCAAAAAAAUGGAGGAGGACGAGUCGACGAGAAAAAGAAAACAGUUGGAACCGAUUUUCAAAUCGUACGCGAAGAAGGCGUGCGCAUUUGCCGUAAAAGCCAUCGGAGAACGGUUCGAUCUGUACAAACAACAAUAG